AUGGCGAAGCAUGGCGCAGAGGCAUUUGUCGACCCAGACGAGAUUGAGCAGAGCCCUCCGCCAGAGGCUGUCGACUUAAAGCUGCACUUCCAGACUGGCUCGCAUGCUGGGCAGUGGGGUGACUUCGAUGAACGGGGCGUGCCCCAUGCAAACGUGAAGGGUAAGAAGCUGACCAAGAAGGAGAAGGAGCUUGUGGAAACCGAGUACAUGUCAGCCAAGAAGAGGUGCCAACACCAGCUGAAGGCCUGGGAGGAGUGGGAGCUGCGGCUCAACAAGGCGGAGAAGGAGCUGGGGAAAAGGGACCGCGUGCGCUGGGCAUACAGGGCAUCCGGGCCGAGCAAGCACGCUACACUACACAUUGAUGAGCUGGAGGACUUUGUGGCGAAGAUGGGGUGGGAGCCUUUGAGCCCAGCAGACCUGGCCAGCUUCCAGGAGCGCACGGCCAGCAGCUCGGAGGGCGAGGUCCUGCUGGAAGACCUACGGACCUACAUGGCCACAGACAUGGCCAUGGACUUUCUGCAGAACCGCAUGGACCUCUUCUUCGGCACCUGCAGCGUGGAGGCGGUGCGCUCGCCCCGUAGCUGGAGAAGAAAGCUGGAGAAGCAAGAGGAUCAACAAGAUCAACAGGAUUUGGGACCGCUUACGGAUUCAAGCUCCUCCGACUGA